CAGAGAAGUGUUUCACUCACUUUGCUUCUGCUGAAAUCACACGUUGACUUUUAUUUUGUCGUCUCUCUGCUGAAGCAGUCUGAUCAUUUGGUGAUGAGUUUUGUGACAGUCCAGUCUGUGAACAUCAUGACAGGCAUCAUGUUACUGAGUCUCCUCUUUAUUCCAAAGCCUUCGACUGCUUGUCCUGAGUAUUCAGACCUCUUCAUCACUGCACCAACAGAGAUGGAAGCUCUGAGUGGAUCAUGUUUACAAAUCCCAUGUAACUUUAGUGCUGCUGGACCAGUAAAGUUUGACAUCAGAAGAGCUGUCUUUGGAGUGUGGAUUAAAAAUCACUCCAAUGUUAAUAAAUUUCCAAACAAUGAGAUCUUCAACAGCAGUGGGACAGUUAACAUCUAUCCAAUGAAGAUUACAGGAAACCUGAAGGAGAAAAACUGCACCACUCUGUUUUCCAACUUAACCACAACUUAUACAAACACAUACUACUUCAGAAUUAUGAACUGGCCGUUCAGAGCAACAGCUGCUUGUGAUCCUCUUAAAAUAAAAAUUAAAGAUUCUCCUUGGAGGCCCAAUAUUACAAUCCCAGGUGAUCUGAAGGAGAAGGAGUCUGUCACUAUAACCUGCUCAGCUCUCACUCCCUGUCCACACUCCCCUCCUCAACUCACCUGGAAUCUCCAACAAGACUCUCACAAAAAAAUAGAGCAAAACACAGAUGGAAGCUUUACAACUAAAAUCCAGCAGAACAUCACUCUGUCAGACACACAUGAUGGAAAGAAGAUCAGCUGCUCUGCCAGAUAUCCUGUGAACCAAGGAAAAGACACCAAGACAGCAGAGACAGAAGAGACUCUCAGUGUUUCUUGUAAGACAAUUCCUUCAGGUUUGGUGUCAGCAGGCAGCUGGGUGAACCUGACCUGCUCCAGCAGAGCCAAACCUCCAGUCAGCAGCUUCACCUGGUUCAAGAAGAGCAGAGAUGGAGCUGUGAAAGUAUCUGAAGGAGAGAUUUACAGCUUCAGUGUAACAGAUGGAGGAGUUUAUUACUGCGUGGCCACUAAUGAUCUGGGCAAUCAGACAUCAGCAGAGAUUAACGUGACUGUUGCAGGACAUCAGAAUAAUGGUUCUUUACCACUGAGUCCACUUCUUGGAGGCAUCCUUGGGUUGGUCUUACUGAUCUGUUUAAUUAUCUUUGCUUUCAGAGCUCUCAGGUUGUUAAAGUACCAAACUCAGCAAGAGACUCAGAGUCAAAGAAGUGAAGAGCUGGUUGUUGAAGAGCCGACAAGUAAAACAGAAGGAGGGGAAGAAAACAUCCAUUAUGGAGAGAUCAACUUCUCUGAGCCUGGAUAUGAAGAAUCCUUUGUCUCAGUGCAGGACAGAGGACAGCAGCAGGAUACGGUGUACGCACAGGUGAAAGUCAACAAGCCAGAAAACAGCUUAACACAGAGAGCUCAUGGCCAAGAGGAACUCUACGCUGAGGUCCGAAUAAGUGAGAACAGCUGUGUUAAGACAUUACAUUACCAAAGUCCAUUAACAAAGAAACACAGAAAUCAAUGAAGUUAACCCAGCAAACCACUUCCUGCAUAUUUUGGGGGGGUUUCUGCUUUCCCUUUAAACUUCAUUUAGAUGCUUGCAUAUCUGUCUCACUAGUGGAAUAAAGUUUUUCUAAGAUUUCUGGAAACAUCACUGGAUCAGAAACAUCACCAACAUGAUGUUGAGAGUUCACCUGUGAAGUGAUAAUCUGACCAGCUCUCGUUAAAGUGGCCAGUCAGAUACUUCCAGAUCACCUCACUUCAUUACGAAUCUCCCUCUAAUCAAAUAUGAUUGUUUGACUACGCCCAACGUUUCAUGGAACAGAGAAAGUUUCUGGUGGAUUUUAAUCCAACACAUAUUGCUUCAAGCUCUGUUGUAAAGCUUACAAAACAAUAUUGCAAUUCAUACAGUGUCUCCCUAAUCUCUGGCUGCAACAUCUAAAAGGAAAGAAAACUCCACAUGAAAAUAGAACUUGAUUUACAAAAAACUCUUAAGAAUUAGAGAGUGGAAACUUCAAAUAUUUGCCGAUUUUGUUUUAGUCUGAUGUUCAGCCCUUAUUUAUGAGCAUAUACCACUGCCCAGACCACAAAGCACUGAACCCUACAAAUACUCCUCCGAGUGAUAUGAUCCAGACAGCACAUAAAGUGGCCUUUCUGGCCUUGAGCACACCACAAAUGUUAAAACAAGUCAAUAUUGACCCAGCAGUUCAGUUUCUGCUGCACAGUUACAGUGGGGCAAAAAAGUAUUUAGUCAGCCACCGAUUGUGCAAGUUCCCCCACUUAAAAUGAUGACAGAGGUCAGUAAU